UUGAUUGGUUGAACAGGGAUCUCCUGCCAUCCCAUGAUAACGCCCGAGCCCACCAAUCCAUUUUCCACAAAGUAGUUUUCAUUCGAACGAAAACAUAAGGCCGUUUUAGAUGCGCUUCAGUCAGCGAGUGCUGGGCUGGCUGUCUUGAGGGGCAGUGCUGAAAUGCGCCAUAAAGGAGGAGAUCAGGGCUCAUUUGCAUAAAAGAUCACUCGGGGCGAGUGCUACCCUGAGUGCAUUAUAUAGACGUAAGCUGCGGCUGCCUCUUGCGUUAUCCAUUCUGUCGCUGGAUAGUGCGGGAGACCGGUCAUAAAUAAAAAGUAAGAAGUGAAUUCAGGGGGGGAGGUAGAGGAAGAGAAAGAGAGAGAAAGAGAAUCCCCUCCAACGUGCAUCGGAGCAAAGAGGAGUAUCCCGAGGAGAGGCAGCGCACUGGCGAGAUGAUGAUGAUGAUGAUGAUGAUGCGGUGAUAAACUGCAGCGCAGAGGAGGAGACCCGACGCGGUUGUGCAAAGCGGGAUGUCCGCAUACAUCCGUUCCACGAGGUGCUGAUUAACUGCACUGUAACUUUAACUUUGCGCUCCAAGAAGCGCUACGGAGCUCCACUUUCGGGUCUAGUAAAGCGGAUCGGUCCGUUCGCACUGUGAUGGGGGCAGCAGCUGAGGUUGGGAUCUUCAACGGAUUUCUGGACAGCUUUGGCUCCGCGGGUGGUGCUCAUUUCCUUCUCACCCCGGCCGGCGCGGUGGAAUACGGCACGGUGAGCGGACUCGUGCGGCAAGAGCAGCGGCAGGAGCACCUGAUGUCGUCCGAACGCCUUUCCCGGAGCUUAGCGGACCUCAGCCACCUCAAGGGGAUUCUGAGACGGCGACAGCUCUAUUGCAGGACCGGCUUCCAUAUGGAAAUCCACCCCGAUGGUACCGUGCGGGGCACCAGAGAGGACCACAGCAGAUUCGGUAUUUUGGAGUUUAUCAGUCUGGCUGUGGGGCUGGUGAGCAUCAGAGGUGUGGACAGUGGCCUUUACCUCUCCAUGAACAGCAAAGGGGAACUGUAUGGAUCGCAAAAGCUAUCAGCAGAAAGUGUUUUUCGGGAGCAAUUUGAAGAGAACUGGUACAACACCUACUCAUCCAACAUCUACAGACAUGGAGAAAAAGGAUCAUUUUUCUUUGUUGCCCUGAACAAAGACGGUACACCACGGGAUGGAACGAGAUCGAGGCGACAUCAGAAGUUCACGCACUUCCUACCGAGACCUGUCGAUCCAGACAGAGUACCAGAACUGUAUAGGGAUAUACUUGGACAGAGCUGAGGCCAAACCAAUGUGGGCUAGAAACAGAACUGAAAGGGAUCAUGUGCAUCUCAUACUUGCCUUUUGAGGGGGACGUUUGAUUCAAAAGCGGUUGAAAGAAAUGCAUCAGAUCCAGACUGCUGAAUGAUGGUACGGUGGAAGGAUACCGACUCUCUCCGCACCACUUUGCAAGGGACUUUGGCAGAAAAGCACCAGGAAAUGUCCGGGAUAAUGCAGCAGAAACGGAACCCCCAAAUAUUAUUGCCACAUGCAAUGGCAUCAGUAGCUAAGAUGGAUUUUCUUUAAGUCUCCAUGCUACCAGCUCGUCCAAAUUUGCAUGUUUAAGUGAACGAAGGAAAGUUAAGAUGAAACAAGCAGAUAGGCGUUUCUUUUUUUGUUUUUCCUGCCGCCUUUCUGUUUUAUAGCUACACCUUACUGAGGCUGCUAAGUAAACCACUUUGAAAAAUGUGUAGCCCUCUAUACAGAAUGGCUGGUUUACAACAAAGGGUAGUUUUAUGCACUGGAAAGCAGCCAUGUUUGUGCUGUAGAAGGGAGUGGAAGCCAUCUAUCUGAAAGGUCCUGAUUGCUGAUGCACUGAAAAUGAAAAUGAGGACGAAGACAAGCAAAUUUGUAUGGACUUCCUUUGUGGCGGCUGUGCUCUGCUCCAUACUCUCAUACUCUACGACCCAGUGAAGGAAUUGUACUGUUCUCCUCGCUGAUUGCAGUCAAACGACAAGCACAGAGUGGACACAAGGAAUUUAGAGGCCAGCAGACAGAUUGUAUUCUUAUUUAUGAGGCUCUAAAUCCUGGGACAAACAGUAUAUUUAUUUCCUAUAUUUAUUUAUUUUAAGAAUAUAUUUUUACAGGGACGACAAAAUAAAAUAGAGAAUCUUUUUC